AUCAUAGACGGUGCGGAUGAACGCUUUGCUCAAUAUCUCACUAGCACAUGAUGACAUGAAGCAUCCCUCACCCUUUUCCGUCCAUAUCGCCGUAUCAUGAGCGCCGUACCAUGAGCGCCGUACCAUGAGCUCCGCUAUGAAAUAUCUUGGGGUUGUCGUUCUGGUAUGUAUACACUCAAAUACUGUCCAUCAGUCUAUCUUCCCUUCGAAGGUGCAGGUUCGGUCGUUCGGAACUGGCAGGUCUCGCACGGUACAUUAUCCGGAGGACCUCGAACCAGCCGGGAGAAAGCUCAGGUUGCGAACAACAGGAGUUAACAGAGGAGGGCGUCCGUUGCGAUCGCUGCAGGCGCAAGCACUGAUGGGACGUCGAAGGAGGGCCUCACAGCAACGAGUGCCGUGAGUGGCCCGUGAUGUGCCACUCGCUUUGGUGUGCCGUGCCGCCCGUGUGCGUGCGUCAUCCCUGCACGCGGUGCGUCAGAGGUCAUCAGGCAGUGGGCGCGCCGCACUGCCGCUUCAGUUUUCUCUUAACCCU